AUGGCUGUUCUAUCCAAAAGCUUCACCGAACUAAGUUCGGACAUGUUUUCGACAUCGCCACAAAUCCUGCCGAAGUCCACUGUGGCGCGUGCAGGGGUUGUGUUGGUCACAAUUAGCCUUCUCCGAUUGGUCUACGUAUGGUUGCGUUCCAUAUAUCGCAUACAUUUCCAUCCUCUGGCAGCCUUUCCAGGACCACGCGACGCGGCCAUAUCGAGAUAUUGGGAACACAAGAUUGCUACAGAAAAGGUCGCAUAUCCCGAGAAAGUGUUUGAAAGGCUGCACAAACAAUACAAUACACAUGCUCUUCGUAUCGGACCCAACGAACUUCAUCUUGACGAUGUCGGCCUCUACAAGACCAUCUAUGGCCAGAAUACCAAGUAUCUUAAAGACCCGGGAUUCUACGAUGCGUUCAAUUCCCACCAGACCCUCUUCGGACAGUACGACCCGCAGCUCCACCGCAUGCGGCGUAAAUUGCUGAACCCCAUGUUCUCUCGAGCCGGCAUGUUCAAGCUCGAGUCUCUCAUGCACGACAAAUACGAGAUAAUGGAGAGGAAGAUCCUGCGCCUGAGCAAGGGCUCCAGUGUCGAUGCGUACGAUGCCUUCAGGGCCUUGACCACUGAGAUCAUCGCUCAAUUCGCCUUCUCCCGCUCCGCUGGCCUGAUUGAGGAGUCGAAAGAUGGCUUCAAGGCCCGUGCCGUCGCGGCUAUUGAAGGAACCGCCGAUGGCGUCGAAUACAUGCGGCAAUAUUGGGUCCUGAGGGCGCUGUCUGAUAUGCUGCCCAGGAAGCUUGUGGCCCGUUUCGGCGGAGAUGUGGGACAAUUUAUGAAUGUUCUCGACUAUGCAGAAGAUUCUGUGCAAUACUGGGAAGAACACAAGGGUCAAGUCGAUCAUCCCGUCAUAUUUGACGCCCUCGAAGGUUUGGUUGAUGGUGAGAAGUCUAUCGAGGCGAUGAGCAUGCUCGUCGCUGGAGGAGACACCACCGCAAGUACUUUGACAUAUGCAAUUACAGCCGUCACCGGCAACCCGCAAAUCCAGCAGAGGCUUGUUUCUGAACUAGAGAGUGCUCUGAAAGCCCGUGGCAGGAAGAGGGGCGAGAGACUCCCGCUGAGUGAGCUAGAGGAGAUCCCAUACCUGAUGGCUGUGGUGAAAGAAUCCGUGCGAUGCGCGGUGGCGCAGCCUGCUCGCCUUCCGCGUGUGGUACCCAAUGAUGCGGACCCGCUCAUUGUUGAUGGCAAAACGGUCGUUGGGAUGUCAUCCUACACUAUGAACAUGAGUGAGGAGAUAUUCGGCGCGGACGCGCGAGUAUUCAACCCCGAACGUUGGCUGCGUCCUGAUUCAAAACAGCUUGGGGAGCACAUCUACAGUUUCUCCAAGGGCCCACGCAUGUGCAUCGGUAUCAACCUUGCUAACGCAGAGUUGGUAAUUCUCAUCGCUCACCUCUUCUACAAUCUCAAGGUGUCCCGGCCUUGUGACUUCCAAGAACCUGCCGUCAGAGAGCACUUUACCGUCAGUUACUCUCCGAGAGGAGUGCGUUUUAACUUCGAGGCAAUCUAA